AUGGUGCAUGGGCGUGCACAUCACACACACGACCACCCCGAGGUGCGUCUAGGGGAGCGGGGACAUAAUAACGAUGCCGUGAUUGUCUACACAACUCUGGAGAAAACUUUCGAGGGCGAAGUGGGGGGUUAUGUGACUGGCGACCAAAACGACAACGCUGAUACCAAGACUGCGUCAGAAAAGACUAAGACGGCGAAUGUCGGUGUUGGUCCGGCUGUCGCUGCGACAAGGACGACCGAAGAGACCAAGACAACAGAAGAGGCCAAGAAGACUAGUGAAGAGGCCAAAACCACCACUACGGAGGAUAAGACCACUACCGAAGAGUCUCAGAAACAGACAGCCAAGGAAACUACUACCGAAGAGGCCGAAAAAGCAAAGACGACAACGCAGGCCAUAACGGAGGCUACCACGACUAGGGAUACUCAGGCUAUCACUACGGCCACUGAUGAGGCGCGAUCCGGUGCCACGCGAACUUCCUUUGUGACUUCGACCUCGACCGCCUCAACCUCGACCACGUCAACCUCGACCGAUUCUACCCAGGAUGUGAACGCUCUCAGUCAUGUUGCAACUGACAGCGCAUCGUCCUCCAAUGCUGCUGCUUCAGCGUCGUCAACAGCGAUCAGCUCCGGGUCCGCGGGUAUGUCUUCCGGCGCCAAAGCUGGAGUGGCUAUCGGUGUCCUUCUUGGUGUCGGUUUAAUUGCAGCAUUGAUCUUCUUCAUCUUUCGAAAGAAAAGACGCAGCCAAGCAGAUGAGCCUCCUCCUAUGGAUGAAAAGAUUUUUAGUGCCCAGGAUUUGGCUCCAUUUCCUGUCCCCAAGCCAAUGGCUCCAUCGAAAGCUCCGCAGCUCAACGUUCGUCCGGUAACCCAGUUCGCACCAGAUCUAAGCAAUAGUGCUUCUUUUGCCACCGCUAGUACUGUCGCUGCCGGUACAUGGGGGGCAGCAGCUGCCCCGCGCAACUUGACUGGUGAUGUCCCAUCUCCUACUCCCCCCAAGUCCGCUGGCAGUGGCAGCUCUCAGAACCCUUUCAAGGACCCGGUCAACCCUUUCAACACUGGCAGUGCUCCAUCCUCAGACCAGUCUCUGACCCCAACAUCGAGUCCAGACUCCACAGGACCAGCUUUCGCGACACCAGCUGCUGGAGCCGCAGCCGUGGGAGCUAUCGGUGCAGCCGCUUUCGCCUCGCAUGAAUCCGACAAGGAAAACUUUACUCGGCCUCGGUCAAUGGAAUCAGAUGUCCGCCCGCCAAGCUCGCCAAGUCCUGUCAGUGUUGAUGAUGGUGAAUCAAUUUCGUCCGCAGCCAUGAUUGCUGGCGGUGUCCCUGGAGGUGCUGGCCCAGGGCCGUUGAACGUGUACCGCGUACAGCUCGACUUCAUCCCCUCGGCGGAAGACGAGCUCAGCCUUCUUGCCGGCAACCUUGUCCGAAUGCUUCACGAAUAUGACGAUGGAUGGGCUCUGUGUGUGCGUCUUGAUCGUUCUCAGCAAGGAGUAGUUCCUAGAUCCCACCUUUCUGCUCGCCCUGUCAAGCCUCGCCCUCGCCCUCCACCCGGUGCACCUGGCCCUGGCUUCCGAGGUCCACCCGCUAUGGGCCCUAACGGUCGCCCAAUGGCCCCUGGAGGUCGCGGUCCACCCUCGGGACGAUUCUAUCCUACAGAUGCACGACCCAGAUCGCCCGGUAGAUACGGUGGCCCACCACGUCCUUAUCCUGGCCGUUCCAUGUCCCCUGUCCAGUUUCCCGUUCCUCGAUCCAUGAUGCCUGGUCAACGCUCUAUGUCCCCUGGACCUGGCAUGCGACCCGGUACACGUGCAAUGUCGCCAGGUCCGCGAUCCAUGAGCCCCGGUCUAUACGGUGGAGGACCUCGAUCAAUGAGCCCAGCUCCAGGCCCAGAUCACUACGGUGGCCCUGGAAUGCACCGCCCAGGAAUACCCAUCAACCAACGCCAACGCAGCAACAGCGCAGGCAACAUGCCCCCAAACGUGGCCGCUAUGGAUCCUCCCCGAUCCAGUCCGCUGGUAACCCAGCCUCUUGCCCCGGCUCCUACAGGUGAUCUACCCGCUGUACCCAAUUCUGCACCAAGCUCUCCCGGAUCCGAGAUUAGCAAGAAACCUGUUCCCACGGAUUUCUAA